AUGGCCAUGUUAGCUAUGUGCAUCGCGUGGACGAUCCUGAGUCGAAGUCUUCUGCUGAACUUAGGCAUCAGUAAUAGCCCUGGCAGCACGUUCCUUCCACCGGAGAUCGUAGAGUGUUUUCAGAGCUUCUCCUUCGGGAAAGGGGCCGUCACACUUAGGAAAGAUGAGCCAAAUCCUGUCAAUUUUGCACUGCUGUCCCGUUGGAAGCAGGCAACCGCCGCUCUGUGCCACAAUGCCUACGUCCUAGACGCAUUUACGUUCUUCGAUGCGCGCACCGUGAAUAUCGAGCGUGCCUUGAAGGACUUGGAUCCUCUUCUCGCAAGAUACGCAAAGCCCAGCAAUGUCAGUCAUGGCAAGGAUGCGCGCAUUGACGACCUGAGGGACGUCCUGAGGCUAGGUGCUUCUUUUGCUUUUACGCUAUUCGGUCAGCCUUGUUUUUGGAAGUUCGACUGGCGCUCUGAUCGCGCGAUUGCGCACGGCAAGACAGAAACCGAGCCCAAACCGGAGAGCUUUUUAAGCACAACGACCAUAAAUAUUGCGGCAACCACAUCCAUCAGACUUACGACCCAAGAGAUUGUCGCAUGGCCCAGUCUAGUACGGGUGAUGGAUGAAAAUGGAGUUCAACUCAGCGAGGGCGAUGACACCAUUCUAGGAGAGAAGAAAUACCUCAGUGACAUCGCAGGGAAGCUAGGGGAUGUGCCAAGAGUACACGAAGGAGAUGACAGUAGAAGUAAUUCGCCUCCGUUUGAGAACAUUCCAGUGGCUGGUCUUCUAGACCAAUACGGUACAUAA